AUGACUAUAGAGAAAACACCUGACGACUUGGCUCUGCCGACUGCGUUGGCCGAGGUGGCUGAGGUCGGCUUCAAUUGGGAGUGGGAUAACGAGACGGGCGAGUCCUAUGGUUGCGACUUCGAGCCCUACGAACACUUCGAGGCGCUACAGGAGACUAUGACGUGGUUUCGCCUGUGGACCGGUAACGACGAAGUCGACGGCAGGCAAUUCCGUUUCUUCGGCUCGACAGGGGCAGGCGACUAUGUUGAUUUCUGGCUGGUCUUACCUGACGCGGCGGUCACCAGGCAGCCCGUCGUCUUUAUUGGUUCAGAGGGUGAGCUUGCUGUGAUAGCUCAGGAUCUCGGCGAUCUGCUGUGGCUGUUCGCAAACGGUUCAGGCCCAGCUGAAGCACUUGACGAUCCAGGGCGUGAAACGCAACAAAACCAGGCAUUCCGGGCGAUUGCAGAGAGAUACGCCGCAGGGAAGAGCCGCCCCACAGCGGAAAUAUUCACUACAGCACAGAAGGAGUUCCCAAACUUCUCAGAGCUCAUCCGCGCGAUGUGUCGGUGA